GACGACGGUGCAAAUCGUGUUCAUGCCUCACAUAACAGGUUACCAUGAUGGAUCAGCUAACUUUUAAGACAGAGAACUCUGGGCGUAUACAGAUGGUGGAGAAUUCGUUUGGUCCAUCAGGGGUGCGGUUGUUCAAACCUGGUCGGAUUCUAAUAGGAGAGGGCCGUCUGAUCAAGCAGGGUCACAGGAAGCAGCAGCCCAAGGCCUUCUUUUUAUUUAAUGAUAUUCUGGUGUACGGCAGCAUCAUCCUGAACGGCCGAUGGCACAAGAAACAGAAGAUCAUUCCUUUGGAGAACAUCAAGCUGGUGGACAUGGAGGACAGUGAGGGAUUCAUGCACCAGUGGCUGAUCCGAACGCCAUCCAAGUCCUUCUUUGUGUCUGCCUUUUCAGCGCAGGAAAAGCAGGCCUGGAUGGAGCACAUCAAAGAAUGCCAGUCCAACCUGCUGCAGGACGGCAGCCGCCAACCGAGCUCCGACUUCGCCAUGACCUGGAUUCCUGACCGUGCUGCCCAGAAGUGCAUGCGCUGCUUCAGCAAAUUCUCUGCAACCAAACGCCGCCACCACUGCAGGAAGUGUGGCUUUCUGGUCUGCAAUGCGUGCUCCAAGGAACGGGUGGUGAUAGAUCACAUCCACAGCACCAAACGGCUGAGGAUCUGCAGCCACUGCCACGAGGAGAGAUCUCGCCAGAGGGGAAACAGCGCCGAGAGCAACAGCUCAGACGAGGAGGAGGUGAUCGCAAUCAGCAAUGAAGAGGAGGAAGAGGAGCUGCAGAACUACACUCCCAGCAACUGGCUUGACUCCCGAAUGGGCAGCUGGGGACAUAAUUUCUCCCCAGAACCAGUGCACCAGUAACAAUAACCACAUGAGGACUACUACACUGUCCACCAUUAUUAAGGACCUUUAAAUGAUUUCAGACAACACUGUUAAAGUAAAUCAUAAGAUGAAUUCUUUAAAAGAAAAAGAGAGAGAAGGAUGUCUUAUUUGUAUACAUUUAUUGUUGUCAAUAUAAUUCACUUUUUAUGCUGCACAUAUUCCUGAUUCUGUUUAUUUUCUCAGUGUGAUUUGAACAUUGUAGUUGCUGUUUAUGUAUGAAAAAGCAUUUGCACUUCAUAUCUGUUCUUUUGCUGCUACAUUACCUGUGAACAAUAAAAUGAAGGUACUGAA